UGACAGCAACACUGCUUCUGUAUACUUUUGUUAUAUUUGGCUUCCAAUAGUAAGUAAGGUUGUCAUUAUAUCGGCACCGCUCAAUUUGAUGUUUUCAUCGUUAAUAAUGAGUCAUAGCAACUUUUUAUUAAAAAAAAUGAGUAAGACAGACUUAUGCAACGCGUUCAGUCGCUAAACCUCAUUAACCAGUCGGAGCUGUUAUUUCGUCGUUUCCCUUCGAUAACCUAAAAAUUAUCCGUUAUGGCAUGGUUAGGCUCGAUCGCUAGCAAUGUUCUUCGAAAUUACGUGUUUCCGGAUGUAGGGCUGAACGUAGUCCAAGAAGUUAAGCCAGAAAAUUAUAGUAAUCGACACAUCCAUUGCCGCGAAGAUGGCAUUGUACUUUAUGGUCCAGGGGAAAAACCAAAUGAGAAGUAUGAAAUUGUUCUUCACAGACCUUGUACAGAAACAUUGCAUCAGGCCUACAGUUUAUAUCGGUCCGAAGACAAGGCGCCAGUCGAAAGACAUUUCAUUAUAUACAAAGACAAGAUUCCAGUACUUGUUCAAAUUUGUCGUGAGAUGUGUAACGUGAGUAAAAUACAAAAGCUAUGUGAUACUCUGGUAGAUCAUCCCACUUGGACAUUAGCACACUUGUCGGCUCAUUUUGCGCUUUACAAUGCCUUCACCUAUGCCGCGGUGAACAGCCAAUUGAACAGCGGAGACAUAGAAACAGGAGUAUCGCCUCUCCAGGUCGCAGUGCAAACCAAUAAUCUACGUAUGGUGCAGAUGUUGAUAGAGGCUAAGAGUUCUCUGGAACAUCUAGACCAUAACGCCAACACAGUAUAUCACUACGCAGCCACAUCUACCAAAGAAAUAAUUCUAGCCCUCGGUGGUGACCUACCGAACAGUUUGAACAGCCGCAACAGUAAUGGUCACACGCCAAUGCAUGUGGCGUGUUUAAAUAACAAACCUGAAUGCGUCAAAGCGCUUCUUCUGAUCGGUGCAGAUGUCAACAUACCUGCUUCCGAGGGUCAGCCUUCUAGUCCAGGUUACGUCGGAGAUCUUCUUCACAGUAAACCAAACGUUCUUCACGCAGAGGAUAUGAAAUUCGGUGGCACACCGCUGCACUGGUCCCUGAGCAGAGAAGUGAUUAAUGCUUUGAUCGAAACUAACUGUGAUAUAGACGCUUUGAACUUUGACGGACGUACAGCAUUGCAUAUUAUGGCAAUGAGGAAACGAUUACAGUGCGUGGUGGCCCUUUUGAGUCAUAUGGCUUCCGUGAAUAUCGUCGACAAAGAUGGCAAUACACCGUUACACUUGGCGGUCUCCGAAGGUACGCUGCCUAUAGUUCAAUCUCUUAUCGGCUUUGGUGCGGACAUUGACGCUAGGAAUUGGAAAUCAGAAACGCCACGUCACCGUGUGAACACGGAGACCUCCGAAGGCCAGAAGAUAUUAUACAUUCUAGACGCUGUGGGUGCUCAGCGUUGUCCACCGGAGAUGACAAAUUGCAGCCUAGGUUGCAAACAUAACGAAAACUUUAUCGGUAUCGCUCCUCAGCAACCUCCGCAGGCUGCUCAACGCACAGUCCUCGACCAAAUGCUUCACGUCUCCGGCAUGGACAAGAUGGCUUCGCUAGGAAACAAACAGAUCAAAGGUGGACGACUUCUCUGUCUCGACGGAGGCGGAAUUAAAGGUCUAGUCCUCGUGCAAACACUCCUGGAAAUCGAGUCGAUCCUCAAGAAACCUAUCGUAGAUUGUUUCGAUUGGAUCGCUGGUACCUCGACCGGUGGGAUUCUAGCUCUAGGACUCGCGUCUGGCAAGUCUCUGCGAGAAUGCCAGGCGCUCUACUUUCGCAUCAAAGAGGAAGCUUUCGUUGGGAUGAGACCGUACAAUAGCGAGGGAUUGGAGAAGGUAUUGAAGGACUGUCUGGGAUCGACUACUGUCAUGUCGGAUAUAAAAAAGCCAAAAAUAAUGAUCACGGGUGUCCUAGCUGACAAGAAGCCCGUCGAUCUUCACUUUUUCCGCAACUACGAUGCACCGAGUACUCUUCUACAAAUCCCAGAAAGUGGCUCGUCAGGUACUCCUUCGUCGCCAAACGAACAAUUAAUCUGGCACGCGGCACGAGCUACAGGAGCAGCCCCUUCGUAUUUCAGAGCCUUCGGGAAAUUCCUCGACGGCGGCUUGAUAGCGAACAAUCCAACCUUAGACGCCAUGACAGAAAUCCACGAGUACAAUUUAGCUCUGAACGCUAUUGGUCGCGAAAAAAUCGUUCCUCUGUCCAUGGUGGUCUCACUUGGCACAGGGUUGAUACCCACCAGCCCGUUGAAAGACAUAGACAUCUUCCUGCCCGAGACCCUAUGGGACACGGCAAAAUUUGCCAUGGGAAUAUCGGUUCUCGCUGAACUGCUGGUGGACCAAGCAACCGCCAGCGACGGGAGGGUCGUCGAUCGUGCCAGAAACUGGUGCUCCAUGAUCGGAGUGCCCUAUUACAGAUUCAAUCCCCCGCUACCGCAGGAUAUAGCAAUGGACGAGAAGAGCGACGAGGUCCUGGCCAACAUGAUCUGGUCCGCGAAAGCGUUCAUGCACGCGAACAGAGACCAAAUACAGGAAUUGGCAGCUGUGCUGAAUCGCGACGUUUACAACGCCAUCUAGAAAAUGAUAUUAUACAUUGAUGUGUGUAUGUUGUAUCUAAUCGACACGAUCUCGUCGCAUUGAUUUUUUUAACACACUCCUCGAUGGAUUGCUACGCGCUUUAACAUUGAUUACAUUAAUCGUUGAUCUUUCAGUCUCACGCGUUGCGCAACUAUUGAAACUCGGAUUUAUUCUUCUUAUCGUAUUCGCUAGAAAAUUGUUUAGCAAUGGUUGUGGGAGUAGUUGAAAUGUUAACACGUAACGCUGUGAGUUAGCAAUAGGUAGUAAAUUAUACCGAGUUAGUAACACCGUUGAUCGAAGUA